CAAAAGCCACUUUUUCUGGAUAUCAUAUACCUAGGCAUCAGCUUUCGCAAAAAAAACAUUCUAGUGAAGAAAAAAAAAUCUUCCUAGGAACCAAAUGAGCCCUAAUAAUAAAAACUAUAACAUUCAGACCAACAUGCCACGUUCUAUUGCUUGGGUCCUGUCUUCUAUGUGGACUUGGAGUGCUUGAUGGCCACUAUAAAUGCGGACUGCUAAUGGGUUGUCUAAGUAAUGAGCCAGCUUUAGAGGAUAUGGCAAUUCCAGUUAUAAACCUUAGAGAGCUAGAUGGAGAGAGGAGGACGGAAACGAUGUCGCUCCUCCACGAGGCAUGCGAGAAAUGGGGCUUCUUUUGGGUUGAGAACCAUGGGAUAAAUAAGGCUCUGAUGGAAAAGGUCAAGCGACUAGUGAACUCACACUACGAGGAGUUCUUGAAGCAAAGCUUCUAUGAGUCGGAGUUGGCCAAAGAACUGGGGCCUCUGACCAAGGCGUCGGAGGUCGACUGGCAGAGCACCUACUUCAUUCGGCAUCAGCCAGAAUCCAACGAUGUCAAUGACGUUCCUGGCCAUGAAAUCGAGUUCUGGACACCUUCUUUUGAUUAUUGCAGCAAAGCAAUGGAGGGUUAUAUCAGGCAGCUGAUCGAGCUUGCAGAGAGGCUUGCAGAAGUAAUGAGCGAGAACCUUGGCUUGGAAAAGUGUUACCUGAAGAAGGCAUUCUCGCCGCCCUUCGUGGGGGCGGAGGUGGCCAAGUACCCUCAGUGCCCCCACCCGGAACUAGUGAUGGGGCUUCGUGCCCGCACCGACGCCGGCGGGAUCAGCUUGCUGCUCCAGGACGACAUGGUCCCAGGCCUGGAGUUCUUCAAGGAUGGGAAGUGGGUGCCGAUAACGCCUGCGAAGGACAACAGGAUCUUUGUGAACUUGGGUGAUCAGGUGGAGGUGAUAAGCAAUGGCUUAUACAAGAGUAUUCUGCACCGCGUCGUCGCAGACAAGGACGGAAGCCGGCUAUCCAUCGCUACGUUCUACAACCCCGGAGCCAAUGCGAUAAUUUCUCCGGCUCCAAAGCUCUUGUACCCUGGUGGAUACCGCUUCAAGGACUACCUUGAUUACUAUACUGGCGCUAAAUUCUCAGAUAAAGGAGCCAGGUUUCAGACCAUAAAGGACAUGUUCAAGUGACGAUCGAACUCAAGACUAUCGGCUACUUUCAUGCAGGUAGCUAUAAGGUAUCCUCUCAAGCUUUCGUUGGUGUUGUAAUAACUCUUUAAAAGAGCAAGCUUUUGUCAGGUUAGUCACAUUAGGGGAUUUGCCUAGUUUUAUGACAAAAACUGUUGUAUCUUUGUUUGCGUCUUUCAUCGAUAAAGCAAAACUAAAAAUUUUGUGAAGGAAUGGCAAGGGAA